UAUGUUACAAUUGCUUGUCUCCCACAGAAAGCCACUUUAAUUCCUGGAGGGAGUGAGUCCCUUGUAUACACUACCUUGAGUGGCACUGUUGGAGUUCUGGUACCAUUUACAUCAAGAGAAGACCAUGAGCUUUUCCAAAACUUGGAGAUGCACAUGCGUUCAGAGCAUCCACCACUCUGUGGACGAGACCACCUCUCCUUCAGGUCUUACUUUUUCCCCGUAAAGAAUGUCAUAGAUGGAGACUUGUGUGAGCAGUUUAACAUGGUAGAUCCAGGAAAACAGCGCAGUAUUUCUGAAGACUUGGAUAAGACUCCUAAUGAACUUUCAAAGAGACUAGAAGACAUUAGAACUCGCUAUGCCUUCUAAGCAGGUUUAAUAUAUUUGUGCCUAUUAAUAUUUCACAGGAAUGAGAAAUUUUAAAUAAAAUACCCUUAUGGCGACAGCUUGUAUCCAUGUUGUACCAAGCCAUGUAGUGUGUACUUCUCGCAGUCGGCUACUCAAGUAAAUAAAUAAAAUAUGGAAGGCAUACAUUUUGUCCAUUGUUUAGGAUUUUAGUUGAAGCAUAUAUGAUCUUUCUAUAAAAGAGGCUAAAAAGAGAUGUACCAAUAAAUAUCAGUAAUAA